AUGACCCAAGCCGAAAAGAAAAAGAUGAGGGACUUCUCCCAUUUCAUGAGAAGACAGAUCAAGAAUGGAAGACGACUCCCAUUGGGAAAGAAAGCACGAUUGGAACAAAUUGGAUUCUUCCGUAAAUUCCCAGUGGACAUUGCAGAGGCAGGAGGUCUGCACAUGAAUGAAGCUAAAGCAUCUAUGAAGCAACGCGAGGAGACUCAUCGGAGACGCAAGGCUCUUUCCUCCGGUUUGUCUGGCGGUCUAAGGGCCGUUCAAGUCGAACUGGAGGACAGCUCUGGCAAUUGUCGGUUACAGACCAUUACUGACCCGACGUCGGUCGAAGAUGGAUGCAUGCAAGAAAAUAGGGCCCGGUACCAACAAACCCAGACCCCACAUCCAACUCCUCCCAUGUCUGAGCCACUCUACACUAUGUUCACGGGCCCUGACGCCGACAACAACCAACAACUUCUUCUGGAGGGCAAACUCCCCAUCCCUGGUGGCCUGGCUUACCCUACCCAAGCCUUCCUUCGCCACUGUCGACUGCACGACAGUUACCGGCCAGGUCCUUUUCCCUUGACGGUUGAAGAGCACGUGGACUUUUGGAGUCGCACCCCUGAGAACAAGGGUUCUGAGCCCCACGGCCUCCAUAAUGGCCACUUCAAGGCAGGCGCCCUUUCGGAAUUGUUGGCUUCUUGUGAUACGGCGUUUCGGGACCUUCCACUCCGUUCAGGCCAUGUUCCGGAACUCUGGAAGAACCUGAUGAGCUUUGCGAUUGAGAAGAAGCCUGGCGACUUCCGCCCACAAGGGAUGCGGACCAUCCAGCUGUUCAACUCGGAGGCUCAAGCCAACUACAAGAAGGCGGGUCGGGCUGCAAUGAAGAAUGCUGAGGAGGAUGACAUCAUCCCUAAAGGACAGUGUGGGUCACGAAAGCAGCACAAGUCCAUUGAUCUAGCCCUUUCCAAACGAUUGAUCUGGGACUCGCUCAUCCUGGAACGACGGUCUUCCGGCUGGAUCUCGAACGACGCGAAGUCUUGCUUCGAUCGCAUCGUUCACUGGGUAGCGAAGACGGCCUUGCGGAGAUUCGGCCUGCCGGUCACUGUCACCAACCUAAUGUUCGAUAUCUUGGCAAAGGCUAAACACAGGGUCCAAACUGGCUUUGGCGACUCAGAUUGGACCUUUGGGCCCACUGGCGAUGUUCCCUUCCAGGGCUGCGGUCAAGGCAACGGCGCAGGCCCGUGCAUCUGGGUUGCAAUCAGUGCCAUCCUCAUUGACGCCAUGGAGGCCGAGGGAUUUGGGUACAAGAGCCAAACUGCCCUCACCAACGAGGAGUUCUUUGCUUCGUGCCUCUGCUUUGUUGAUGACACCGAUGUCAUGGAGUCCAACGACAACGUGGAGGCGACUGGCGAAGACCUCCUUCCUUCGGUACAGUCGGCUUUGGACCUUUGGUCGGGUGGCAUCAGUGCCUACGGUGGAGCUAUCAACCCGGCAAAGUCCUUCUGGUGGCUGAUUGAUUUCAAAUGGAGGCCGUCCUCUGGCACAUGGGUGUUUCGAAGGAAGGCCAAAAUGCCUGGCAAACUUACCCUCCAAGAACCUACUGGGCUUUGGGCGACACUAUGA